GCUACCCACCCGGCUUUUACGCUAGCUCCUUGGUAACCUACAACCCACGCCCUAAACUUGGCGGGUAUUGUACUCUCGCCAUGGCUACCCUCGAGUACGAACCCCUAGAUGGGAACACGAACAGUUUCCGAGUCCUCAGGAUCGCCCCAUCCAACAGCUUCGGAAGAAGUCCUGUUGUGUGCAAGCUCGAAGCAGCGGUGUGGGACACGUGCGAGUACGAAGCCCUCAGCUACAGCUGGGGGAACCACAAACAUCGCUCAAGCAUUUUGCUGCACGGGGAACCCUUUAGCGUGACCAAGGAUUUGGGUGUCGCCCUGGAGCAGCUUUGCCUGCCAGAUCGCGUCCGGACGAUAUGGGUCGAUGCGAUAUGUAUCAAUCAACUGGAUGCCGAUGAAAGGGCCGCUCAAGUCCAGAAGAUGGGCCACAUCUACCGUGCUGCCGAGCGAGUUCUAGUUUGGGUGGGUCCCGCAAAACCCGUCACAGAACUCGCCUUCCAACAGGUAGAGAGACUAUACAAGUGCAUUGAUGGUUCGUCCAAGGAGGCUGUUGAUGCGUCGUCCGAGGAGAUUGAAGAGAUCUGGAAAGAAGAUGAACCGGAGGAGGGGUCAUGGGUGGAAUGCCUCGACGAGAUCAUCCAACGGCCUUACUGGAGCCGCGCUUGGACGGUCCAGGAGGUCGUCCUUGCGCGCGACGCUAUCCUAUAUUGCGGCCCUUAUACGACCCCUUUCUUCGACCUGGCCGAAGUCCUCAUUCACGACGUGACUCGAAAGUAUGUGAACGUCACCUACGGCCUGUACAGCUACCUGAAUCAAACCUUCGCCUUGCGAGAGAAGCCGGAAGAUCCACCCAGCGGCCUCUUUGGUCUAGCCUACGCCUUCCGCCACCGUCUCGUCAGCGAGAAGCCCGACAAGCUGUACGCGUUCAUCGGACUGUUAAAGUCGCCCUCGUCCUCGAUUCCCGGUGGUACAUUCACCAUCGACUACCGCCAAAAACCAAAAGCGCUGUGGAUGGCCAUUUCGAAGGAGACCAUGUCGCACCACAAGACCCUCCUCCCGCUCGCGAUGGCCCAGCGGGACACCAACUUGAUGGAUGCCAGUUGGUGCUUCAACUGGUCGCAACACUUUCGAGACCCCAACGACAUCCUGGAGGACCAGCAGCUCUUUUGGUCGGGAGGGCUGGACGAUGGCGGGUACUACCCCCUGCAGGGCACCGUGUUCUCGGCCGCCGACGGCCUCCCGGCACGGAUCCAAACCGAUCUCCAGGCCCCUUCUGUCAUUUCCGUCCAGGGCUUCACGUACGGAGAGGUCGUCGCGGUGGGUGAUUCUGUGUUCUCAGCCUCAUGGGGCCGGCCCAACUAUGUGCAGCUCUUCGAGAAGUGGGAGUCGCUUGUCGGUGGACCGUGGGAAGAGGAGCAGGGCGACAUGGCGCGCAAAUUCGCGUUGACGAUCACCGGCGGCGCCUGGACCGAGGAGCCCCUGGAUUGGAGAGCGUGGAACACCAGGGACUGCUCUCAGCGGGUUUGGGACUGGAAAUACUGGUGGUAUGCUGAAACUGACGACGGUACUGCUACCUCCAAGGGCUACAAAAUCCGCCGGCACCUUGACAGUGAGCCCCACGAACAGGCUGAGAGAUACGCCAGGGCGCGGGACCACGCGUGUGAGGGCCGGAGGAUGUUCGUCCUGGGCGGCGGGAAGGGGUUUGGACUGGGUACACACACCUUGGGGAUAGGGGAUCGAGUCGUGGUCCUGCUGGGCUGCGACGUGCCGAUUGUGCUUCACCGGAGGAACUGGAAGAGGUGGAGGCAAAUCGUUGAUAUUGAAGAUAAGGCGAAACAUUACGGGAGCACGUGGAAGGUGCGCGGACAGGCUUACGUUCACGACAUUAUGCAUUACCAAGGAGACCUAGCGGCAGACAUUAAGAGGGGGAAGGUCGAGUUGGAGGAGUUUCUGGUGGAUUGAAAGAAACGCGGGCUGUAUAUCUUUGCUGUUUGAAUUAUACUAUAUUCGUCCUUUUCAGGGGUAUAUAAGGUAUUUAUCUUAAGAUGCUAGUAUAUACGACUAUACCCACUGGAAAA